GGAGCGGGAGCGAAAAAACGCACAGCCAAUAGGAAGAUUCUCAGGAAUGGGGCGGGGACUAGGCCUUCGCCUCGGCGGCAGAGGAGACUCGGGGGCCAUUUUGUGAAGAGACGAAGACUGAGCGGUUGUGGCCGCGUUGCCGACCUCCAGCAGCAGUCGGCUUCUCCACCCAGAACCCGGGAGUAGGAGACUCAGAAUCGAAUCUCUUCUCCCUCCCCCUCUUGGGCAGCAAGGCGAACCCCAUCCCUACUCACUGGAGCUCAGCUUUGAUUUUUAACCUCCCUUCCCCACCCUUCCAGAACACACACACAUUCCAUUCCAAAACUGAUUUUAUAAAGACAUUUUAAACAUAAUGAUGCAACUUGGUGUGCACUACGGCAAAUGUACAGGUGUUUUUUUUUUAAUUGUUUCCAAAACCGGGACCUGGAUUUAAGAUGUAAUUUUUAAAAUUUCUAUUUCUAUUUUUUCUGCAGCAGUUGGGUUAGAGGAGGAGGAGCCUUUUAGCCUCUCAUAAACUGACCUCUCUACUUCCUCGUGUAUUUUUAAGAUUGAUUGAUGAUGUGGAAAGGGCUUUGCUUGUCUGCUACUGAAAACUUUAUCCUUGCGGUUUUUGUGGAAACUGCUUUUGGAAAGAGAAAAGAAAUGAACUUUACUGACUUGACAUUUUUGCACCUCCCGUUUUUCUAAUCUGGGCUAUUUUUAUUUUUGUUUUUUUACAGUGAGAUUUUUUUGAUCUUCAGCUACAGUAAGUUAUUCCAAUUUUUUUUUAACAUUUUUCCUGACUUUCCGCUGAUUUCCUUUUUAUUGUUGUUACUAGUUACUAUUACUUAUUAUUAUUAUAUUAAUACUUAUGAUGGUGAUGAUGAUGAUGAUAAUGACACUGAUGAUUUUUAACCGGAUUAAAAUCGAGUUUUUCUGAAUGUUUCUAAGAAUUUCUCCGGCCUCCUGAUUGACUUUGGAGUUUUGCAUCUUGGGAGAGAAAGCGAAGGCAUUAGUAUUUUUAAGUGGUUUGAUCACAUAAACCUUUUCUCUCCCAACCCCACCCUUGCCCUCAUCCCCUUCCCCACACUGAAAAGAAUUUUACUGGCUGUUAAGUCUAUGACCUUAUUUUUCCUGAUCUUUAACUUAACUGUUUUAGAGCAUCUCUGGACGUCUGUAUUUUUAAUUUUUUUUAUUUUUGUUUUUUUAUUUUUAAUCUUUCAUUUGUUAAAUUUUUAAACUGUGCUGCAAUAAAAUGUGUGUGGUACUACUUAACACUUAUGAUCGUGAUGGCAUUUUCCCUGAAAGCCAUCUUCCUCCUGUUUCCCUUGAAAUCCCAUCCUGCUUUUCCUGUACACUACCCUUCACAAACCACAAGCUGCAGCAACAUGGAUGCCCAGCCUGGAGCAGCAGCAGCCAGGAUGACCUGGAGCCAGGGGGGCCUUCGGAACAGAUGCACACCCUUCCUGGGUGAUGUUUUCGGCUUUGUGAGAAACCUUACCAUCAAACACAAUGGCCAGCAACGUUACCAACAAGACAGAUCCUCGCUCCAUGAACUCCCGUGUAUUCAUUGGGAAUCUCAACACUCUUGUGGUCAAGAAAUCUGAUGUGGAGGCAAUCUUUUCGAAGUAUGGCAAAAUUGUGGGCUGCUCUGUUCAUAAGGGCUUUGCCUUCGUUCAAUAUGUUAAUGAGAGAAAUGCCCGGGCUGCUGUAGCAGGAGAGGAUGGCAGAAUGAUUGCUGGCCAGGUUUUAGAUAUUAACCUGGCUGCAGAGCCAAAAGUGAACCGAGGAAAAGCAGGUGUGAAACGAUCUGCAGCGGAGAUGUACGGGUCAGUAACAGAACACCCUUCUCCGUCCCCUCUACUCAGCUCCUCUUUUGACUUGGACUAUGACUUUCAACGGGACUAUUAUGAUAGGAUGUACAGUUACCCAGCACGUGUACCUCCUCCUCCUCCUAUUGCUCGGGCUGUAGUGCCCUCGAAACGUCAGCGUGUAUCAGGAAACACCUCACGAAGGGGCAAAAGUGGCUUCAAUUCUAAGAGUGGACAGCGGGGAUCUUCCAAGUCUGGAAAGUUGAAAGGAGAUGACCUUCAGGCCAUUAAGAAGGAGCUGACCCAGAUAAAACAAAAAGUGGAUUCUCUCCUGGAAAACCUGGAAAAAAUUGAAAAGGAACAGAGCAAACAAGCAGUAGAGAUGAAGAAUGAUAAGUCAGAAGAGGAGCAGAGCAGCAGCUCCGUGAAGAAAGAUGAGACUAAUGUGAAGAUGGAGUCUGAGGGGGGUGCAGAUGACUCUGCUGAAGAGGGGGACCUACUGGAUGAUGAUGAUAAUGAAGAUCGGGGGGAUGACCAGCUGGAGUUGAUCAAGGAUGAUGAAAAAGAGGCUGAGGAAGGAGAGGAUGACAGAGACAGCGCCAAUGGCGAGGAUGACUCUUAAGCACAUAGUGGGGUUUAGAAAUCUUAUCCCAUUAUUUCUUUACCUAGGCGCUUGUCUAAGAUCAAAUUUUUCACCAGAUCCUCUCCCCUAGUAUCUUCAGCACAUGCUCACUGUUCUCCCCAUCCUUGUCCUUCCCAUGUUCAUUAAUUCAUAUUGCCCCGCGCCUAGUCCCAUUUUCACUUCCUUUGACGCUCCUAGUAGUUUUGUUAAGUCUUACCCUGUAAUUUUUGCUUUUAAUUUUGAUACCUCUUGAUGACUUAACAAUAAAAAGGAUGUAUGGUUUUUAUCAACUGUCUCCAAAAUAAUCUCUUGUUAUGCAGGGAGUACAGUUCUUUUCAUUCAUACAUAAGUUCAGUAGUUGCUUCCCUAACUGCAAAGGCAAUCUCAUUUAGUUGAGUAGCUCUUGAAAGCAGCUUUGAGUUAGAAGUAUGUGUGUUACACCCCCACAUUAGUGUGCUGUGUGGGGCAGUUCAACACAAAUGUAACAAUGUAUUUUUGUGAAUGAGAGUUGGCAUGUCAAAUGCAUCCUCUAGAAAAAUAAUUAGUGUUAUAGUCUUAAGAUUUGUUUUCUAAAGUUGAUACUGUGGGUUAUUUUUGUGAACAGCCUGAUGUUUGGGACCUUUUUUCCUCAAAAUAAACAAGUCCUUAUUAAACCAGGAAUUUGGAGAAAAAAAAAA